CAAACUCUACUAAUUUCAUUUUAGUGGCCACAAAUAUACGUAUGUACAUAAAACAUUUAUUUUUUGGCUCGCUGCCUAAAGGGGUGCGGCUGUCUGAGACUGUAAACGAUACGUGUACGCCGCGGUGCUGGACGGGUGAACCAGGGAACAUACAAAACUACAGAGAGAAGAGCGACUCGCCCCGGACCCUCUGGCCACCUCGGAGAGCCAGGAUCCACCACAGUCCAGCAGCGACCCUCUAACUUGGAAUAAAAACUAGCAAGCAAGCAAGGCAACUCAACUCCCUGAAAACUUUGCAAUUACCGCCAGACAGAGGAAGUUGGUGGAGGAUUAUCAACGCAUGCAUACUUUCAUGGAGUAGUCUCUGUCCACCCUUGAUCAGAUUAGGUAAACAGCCGCAGCACUGUCUAUUUUUACUCAUGUACUCUAAAUGCACUGCAGCAAAUGUUUUUAUAAGCCCCAGCUCUUUACAAAAAAAUUGAAACGGUGAAUUGACAGGUGUGAUUGAUGGGUGAGCCCUGAGCCUUCCUCACUACAGUUCAGCUGCAGUUUUUUGCUCAAUGGUAAUGCGUGUAGUAAUAAUUAUUACUUUAUAAAAUAGUUGUACAAGUUUGCUGUCUAAACAAGUGUUCCUGCAUGCAAUGUAAGACUUCACCAAAUACGGUCAUCCACAUGUGACAGUUUGAUUGUUGCAUUUGUGAUUGAUUGAAUAGGCCACAAUUAAAACACACUUAGCUGGAUUGUCAUUGAUUCAAUACAGCCAUCUGUCAGUCUGUCUCUGUGUGUACAUGCAUAUUCAAAUCUUUGUGUGUUUUUGUUGCAUUUCCCCAUCCCAGUACUCAUCACACACACCCCUACAAGCCACCAUGGAGGAUGACCUGAUGUUUAGUAUGGAGGAGGUGGGCAGUGCCCAGCAUAACCUGGGGAAACAGAGGACCCCCGGUCAACGUGCUCCGUCCCUUAGCAACGCUAACGAUAGCGGCGAGGACGAGGACGACUACUACAUCUGUCCCAUCACAGACGACCCUGUCAGCCAGGCCAAAGACAUCUGUGGCUAUCUGAAUAACCUGGUCAACAGCAAGCAGCUGUCCAACUCCCCCCGAAACUCCUUCACCUACAAGGUGAGCAGCAGUAGUGUAGGUGCAAUAUGCACAGGGUUUAGAAGAUUCUGAAAGGACCAUGGGUUGCUGGGCAACAGCUGACUGGGAAACAUGUUGCCAUGUACUGUAUUGCUCUAUUGUCAGUAUGCAAAAUGCUGAACUCUCGCUCUUACUGCUAGAGAUGUGGUCAGAACAACUCUGCCUUAUAAGGAGAAGGACCUCUUUCUCUCUCUGUGUGUGUGUGUGCGUGCGUGCAUAUGUGCAUUUCUGUGGCUGACAGCAGCAGGUCAGCUGCUUCGUCUGUGUACUCUCAGAACAGGAAGUACCCAGAGAGCAGCUCUCACCUCACAUGAUGAUGACAUAUGUAAACAACCCUUUCACAGCACGCGGCGCGACCCCUGGCCUUCUGAUCCAGUAGGCCAGCCUGUAGAGUGGGGUUGAUGGGGAGAAAUUAAUAGCACUCCCUCAUCAGACAGAGUACGGCAGACUGUUUGAGAUGUAGAAUUUAUGGGUCGCCAUGUUGGAAGCAAAUUUCAAAACACAUUCUACUGGCAAUAAGAUGAUAAUUCCCUUUUCAUGGAAUGUUCAACACCAACAUAGUCAAUCCCAAUGAAUAUUUUGCUCUGCUCCUCAUGUAUGGUUAAGUUGAUAAUAUUAAACAGUUAAUUUCUCUACCUCUCCACAUAGAAUGAAACAGAAACAGAGAAUGAAACUCCACAACAACGGUCGGUCGAGUUUGAUGCGUUAUCUGACAAUGCACGGGUACGUUACUGACCACGUUUUCAUUCCCCUCUCCUUUUGUAUUAGUGACUGCCUCCUUGCUCCUCACCUUCCCGACAUUAAUUCAAUCUUUAAAUAAUGUAUUCCUUCUUACCUUCCAUUGUACUUAUAAUAAUAAUAAUAUGCCAUUUAUUUUUGUGUAUGGGUGGUCCCGGGGAUCGAACCCACUACCUUGGCAUUACAAGCGCCGUGCUCUACCAGCUGAGCUACAGAGGACUUGCAUGACCUGUUGUAUCUAGACCCUUGAUCCCUUAGCUGUCAUUUUAAUGUUCCCUAACCUGUGCAGGAGUCCUCAGGAAUAUAUCAAGAGUUAGGCUAAUGCAAAUGUAAUAAGCAGCCAAUAAGCACAUGACGAUAAUGGUUGAAACAAAGAGUAUUGUUUAUCUUAUUCUAAAUGUAAUUUUCAGUUCUGCUGCGGUUCAAACUGUGUUUCAGAAAAGCAACAGCCAGACAGGCUGUUUAUACAGCACCAUAGUUUACCACUACUGUAUCUUAUGUCUGGUGGUCCAGUUUUGUGAAGAGAUAGUGUGUCUGAUCACAAGGGUACAGCCACAGAUAUACUGUAUAUGAUAUCAUUGAGGGUACAACCAUAGCUAUACUGUAUAUGAUAUCAUUGAGGACGUGUGAAGGGACACACAAACUGCAGGUGACCAGGAACUGACGUUCAAUGCCCGGUGUGUUUCUCACCAACCAGACGUGGCCUUUAGCCUGUUCAAAACAUGAGCCUCAUAUAGCAAUGCAAAUAGUUCAGGCUAAAUAUACACUAGCCUAGAUGGAUGUUGCCACAUACUGCUUAUUAGGCACCGUACUGGGACUGCCCUGUGCUCCAGCCUCUACAACCUAAUGUGUGUGUGUGUAUUUUUUUGGGGGAGGGGGAUAUUGGGGGGGGGGGGGGGGCAGAAGACACAUGUCCAUCUCUUAGAGUGUAUCUUAUCUAACAAAUGUCAAUCUCUUAGAGUGUAUCUUAUCUAGAUUGCCACGUGUGUGUGUGGCAUAGUGAGUAGGUCCCGUACGUCCACCAAAUGCACAUUCGUUUUCCCAUAUGUUGUUUUUUGUGGAUGUCUAGUCCGCAUUUUCUGUACUUGACGCACAUGUGCUUCGCAAGGCUGCAGAAAGUUUUGCAGCAUGGAGAAGGUCAUUUUCGCUGUCUCUUGGUUCCCUGCAGUGUACGAUCAAAGCGCCGAUUGCUACCGGGACCUCCAUGGAGACACAUUGCCAAUACGAUUUGAUUACCUAGUCAGUUGAAUAUGAAAUAAUUAGCUGGUAAUGGGAAGCUACGUUCUGGGAAUUUCUUAAGUAUCUAGCAAAGUGGUUAGCUUUGUAGUUAGAUAGCUAGCUAACUGGCUUGACUGUUUAUGGACUUCUGUUUAUACCACCGCACGGUAAAGCAACACAUAAAUUGAAAAUAUUGAAUGCAUGCGGUACACAGAACACACCACAGCUUAGUGCGGCAUCCCCAACACAGCGUUGCGGACUGCUCCAUUGAGAAUUAAUGACUUGCGUCAAACUCUUUGCGUUCCGACGGAUCUGGUGGACAUGAGGCUGGAGGGUGGUACUGUAUGGGAGGGUCGGGUUACUAACAGGUUUACAUUACUAGCAAAUGCCACUUGGAUCACUGUUAGUUCUGAGAAAGACUGAGAAAGCUGAGUACAACAGUCCAGACAUUCAUGAGUGUAGUCAGGAGUUUUUCCUGGUUAGGCCUCAUGGACUGGAAAAGCUCCUGGCCCAAGUGCUGGCUGUGGGUAUAAAAUUCAUCUGGUGACAGCACGUUAAUGAUCUAUGUUAUUUUGCAAUGUAGGGCUCUUGGGUGACUUCUAGAUAGGACAACUAAUGUGAGACUUUUUAUCCUCCUAGUAGGUCAAUAGAAAGACUCCUGUUUCUACAUUGAUACUUGUAUAUCAUAGGGCCAGGAGUUUUCCAUGGUCAGGUUAUGUGGUCAGGAAAAACUCUUGGCCCUGUAGCAUUUCACGCUAAGGUCUACACCUGUUGUAUUCGGCGCAUUCAUUACGAUAAUCUUAUGCUGAAAGUUCCUGAAGCAACCUUGUCAUGAUCCUCUGUUGAUGUGUCUGCUUGUCAUAUCUCUCCCUGUAUUUUGUUUUCCUCUAUCAAUUCAAAAGUGUGAUUUGCAUGUUCCUCAACACUUCCACGGCACAGGAUGGAUCAGAAAUCCACCUGUCCACUGACACUUAAUCCUACUGUGAGAGAGUUGGCCGUUACUCUGACACCUAAAAGGUACUAAAUGUAUACUGAACAAAAAUAUAAAUGCAACAUGCAACAAUUUCAAAAGAUUUUACUGAGUUAGAGUUCAUAUAAGGAAAUCAGUCAAUUGAAAUAAAUGGAUUUCACAUGACUGGGAAUACAGAUAUGCAUCUGUUGGUCACAGAUACAGUACCUUAACAAAAAAAGUAGGGGCGUGGAAACCAGUCAGUAUCUGGUGUAACCAUGAUUUGCCUCAUGCAUCGCGACACAUCUCCUUCACAUAGAGUUGAUCAGGCUGUUGAUUGUGGCCUGUGGAAUGUUGUCCCAUUCCUCUUCAAUGGCUGUGCGAAGUUGCUGGAUAUUGGCGGGAACUGGAACACGCUGUCGUACACGUUGAUCCAGAGCAUCCCAAACAUGCUCAAUGGGUGACAUGUAUGUUGAAUAUGCAGGCCAUGGAAUAACUGGGACAUUUUCAGCUUCCAGGAAUUGUGUAUAGGUCCUUGCGACAUGGGGCCGUGCAUUAUCAUGCUGAAACAUGAGGUGAUGGCGGCAGAUGAAUGGCACGACAAUGGGCCUCAGGAUUUCGUCACGGUAUAUCUAUGCAUUCAAAUUGCCAUCGAUAAAAUGCAAUUGUGUUCUUUGUCUAUAGUUUAUGCCUGCCGAUACAAUAACCACACCGCCACCAUGGGGCACUCUGUUCACAACGUUGACAUCAGCAAACUACUCACCCACACGACGCAGACACGUGGUCUGCGGUUGUGAGGCCGGUUGGACGUACUGCCAAAUUCUCAAAAAUUACGAUGGAGGCGGCUUAUGGUAGAUAAAUGAACAUUAAAUUCUCUGGCGAGAGUUCAUAUGGACAUUUCUGCAGUCAGCAUGCCUCCUGAGUGGCGCAGUGGUCUAAGGCACUGCAUCGCAGUGCUAGCUGUGCCACUAGAGAUCCUGGUUCGAAUCCAGGCUCUGUCGCAGCCGGCCGCGACCGGGAGACUCAUGGACGGCGCACAAUUGGCCCAGCGUCGUCCAGGGUAGGGGAGGGAAUGGCCGGCAGGGAUGUAGCUCAGUUGAUAGAGCAUGGCAUUUGCAACGCCAGGAUUGUGGGUUCGUUUCCCACGGGGGGCCUGUAUAAAAAAAUAUGUAUUCACUAACUGUAAGUCACUCUGGAUAAGAGCGUCUGCUAAAUGACUAAAAUGUAAAUGUAAUUGUACGCUCCCUCAACUUGAGACAUUUGUGGCCUUGUGUUGUGUGACAAAACUGCACAUUUGGUGGCCUUUUAUUGUCCCCAGCACAAGGUGCACCUGUGUAAUGAUCAUGCUGUUUAUUCCGCUUCUUGAUAUGCCACACCUGUCAGGUGGAUGGAUUAUCUUGGCAAAGGAGAAAUGCUCACUAACAGAGAUGUAGACAUUUGUGCACCAAAUUUGAGAGAAAUCAGCUUUUUGUGCAUAUGGAAAAUUUCUGGGAUCUUUUAUUUCAGAUCAUGAAACAUGGGACUAACACUUUACAUGUUGUGUUUAUAUUUUUUAAAAGUGUAUUUAAAACUGCAGUAGCAGAGCAAGUUAAAAACAUACAAAACUAGCAGCUAAAAACAGAUUUGGCUCACCAUAGUUAAAGCCCAAAUGCGGUGAUAAUGUAUUGGGCCUAUAGCUUACUGCACAAACCUCAUUGCUACAGUACGGUUUUUAAUUGGUUAAUGUUGCAUAGGUUGAGCGGUAGAUCUCGGCUUGCAUUUUGACGCAGAAAGUGAUCUUGACUCAGAAAAGGUUGGUGACGACUGUUCUAGAGUUUUCCCUGUUAACACUAUCAACGUUUGCCAUUACUGUGGCAAUUGUGAUCGAAUUAACGCAAUAUUAGCCACUUUCAAUGCAACAUACCAAAACAAAACAAACUUUGCAAGAUAUUUUUUUGUAAGCUGAACGCAUCGGAGUAGGAUUCUAUUGCAUUGACACGCACUACUCUGACCGGUGCGGCAUAAACAAUCAGAGCUGCAGUAUGCAAAUAGACCAUUGCCAUAUAUGGAUCUGUGCCAUUUACUUUGAACUGGACUGUGUUUACAGCAUGAGCACUUGUUUUGAUAUGUUUGUUUUGGGAUCAAAGCGAGAGCUGCAUGUAGCCACGUGCACAUUAUGUUCCUAUCUUUUGCUAGUUAGUGAGUUACUAGCCCAGUUAUAGAUCAUUUGAAGUCAGCAAUAGGGGAGUGAUGGCUUCCUACAAGGGCACAAAACGUCUACAUUUCUAGACACCUUUGAAAAGUGUGUCAGGUAAAGAGCUUUGUUUUUGUCUUAAAGGGGCAGUUUUGUAUUUUGAGACAGGUUUGAAUAAGCUAAGUAGCCUAUAGGCAGAGGGCAGCAUAAUUUGUCUGAUUCUCUGUAAUAAUUGUAUGAGAAUAAUAAUGCAUUUUAUUUUGUAAAGUGGUUUCUUGCAUCAAACAACACAACAGCAUUUUCAGUCACCUCCUUGUCUGAAGGACAAGUGGAUGAACAGGUUAAUGUCAAGCCUUGCAUGUUUUUUUCAAACGUAGGUCUACAUUGAACACCACACAUUGGCUACUACUGUAGGCUGAAUGAUAGAACAGCAAUUUCCAUGUUAAAAUGUUAUGGGAUGCAUUUUCUCCAUUGUUUUUGAUGGUAGGCCACUCUGGUAGGCCUACAUUAUUAUCAAAUAGCCACAGUAGCCUACAUGGCCACUGUUAAAAUUAACUUAAAGCGGGUACAGCCUCAGUGUUCACAGUAAACGCGCGCUGGAAGUUGCACAGAAGUUUCACCAAGGUUCAGGUUUGUGCUCAGCAGACCUGAAAGUUGCUCAGUGCGGGAAAAUAUUUGAGGGAACAUUGACUGUAACAUUACUGCAUGAUUGUAGUGGGUUUAUUAACACGUUAGUUCUAAUAGCUACGUUGACUAUGACGUUACUUUAGCUAAUAUGGUGACAACGAUGUAGGCUGUGUGUAGCGGUUAUGAUAUGAAGGUUUGGCUUGGAAAGGUUUUUUCUGCCUGGUCACAUAGCUGUGUUGUGCAUUGAAGUCCACAAGCGAAGGGAAAAGGUGAGAGGAGGAGAGUGCAUAGAUGCAAGACGGAAUACAACGUGGCUGCUAUGAAAGUGAACUGUGUUUAAGCUUGAUCAGGGGUAUAUUCAUUCCGCCGAUUCUGUUGAAAAACAUUUCUUGAAUGGAACGAAACGGGGAUAAACAUACGUGAAUUUGUCCAAUAGAAACUCUCGUUUGCAACUGUUGGAUUAAUGAUUACACCCUAGAUUAGCUAGAUGCAUGCAAGUGUGCAAGGCAGUAUUGAAUGUGUCACUGUUUGUCCAUGUGUCACUGUCUGUCACCUCAAAUAUUUAUCUCGACCUGUGUGCACCUACGUUGUAAACUUUCAUUUAUAGGCUAGGUUGUAGCAAACUCAUGAUGGGUAUAGGGAUAAUUUGAGUGUUAUAUAGUAGUUUUAAACCUAUCACUGUUACAUUGAACUGGGUGAAUGGAAUAUGAAUGACAGUCAUCCAAUAUGCUGUAAUAGAAAUAAGGCCAUGCUCAUGAAGAAACAAAAUCAUCCUCCCUCGUCUUAAACGGCACUGACCGCCACUGGUGUGCAUAUGGCGGGUGUUCUGCAGUGACGUCUAAAAAUGUUGCUGUACACUGAUGUCUAGAAAAUUAAGCUGUAAGAAAUUCGGACUUGUGUAUGCCCUGCAGCUAUACUCAUGUAUGUGGGCAUACUGCAGUGAGGUCUAAAAUGUUUUGAAUUAAUCAGCACUUUGGAGAGUGCUGUCCCUUUCAGCACCAUAGAUAGUAGGCUACUUGGCUGUGUACUCUGUCUGUUGCGCUGCUACUUUGUGUUUGAGACUUUUUUUUUCAAUGUGUUCCUGUACCUCAGAGUCCCCCGGAUACCCCCCUCCCCCCUUCUCGCGCUCACUAUGUAAAUUAAGCACUGAACCAAUCAUUAGGGUGUUUUUGUUUGACCCACGUGAACAUGACUGAAACAGGAACCAACUUUGCUGCGAUUCAUGUAUACAGUGGAGUAAUACAAAUGAAUGUGAUAUUUGAGGCUCUCUCUCACUGAUUGAUUGUAUAUACACAUCAUUUUAGUUUGUGAGUGGGGGUUGGAGCCAUGUUUAUUUUGACAUUAUAAAGAAAAACUUUAAUAAACAAUAGCAACACUGCCAUGUUGAUCUGAGCCUUGCUGUCGGAAAACCACAUGAAUGUGCAUCUUUAAAAAAAAAUACAACAUGGUUAUUGGUCAGCCUAAAAAUAACAGUCAACCAAAAUUCCAUGACCGUCACAUCCCUAAUCUGUGUGUGUUUCAUUGAUGUAUCCCCAGUGGCUGUAGCUUCCCUUAGCAUAAGCUGUGAUACAGUGUGAUAGUUAUCUAAAAGAUAAGUAUUGUUUCCCAUUGUCCCAGGUGGCGUGGAAUAGAGCCUUAGAGAAGGCCAAGGCCAUGCCUGAUCCCUGGGCUGAGUUUCACCUGGAGGAAGUCGAGACCGAGCCAUGCAUACGAUACAGGUACAUAUUAAUGUGUCCGUCAGUGGGCUUGACUGCUACCCUGUUUUAGACAGUUGUUGACAAAUACACACCAUCCCCACACCCCUGCCCUUUCUGAAGGUACAGUAUAUUAUAUAACCAUCACUGCAUUUCCAAUGGGCCUUCCAAGUUUUUCUUGGCCUGUGCACAAAGUUCCCUUGUGGCAGAUAUCUGGGCUGCCUGCCUGCCCACGCUAAAACACUUAGUCUGAAGCCAAAAGGCGUAUUCCAGGUCAUAUUCUUUCCAGUAACUCUGCACAUCUUAGAAUAAUGCUAUAUCAUUAGUGUGGUUCCUGAGAGGUUGAACAUUUCUCCAGGCGUUGUGAGAUCUGAUAAUCUGUGCAGUGCGACUGCAAUAAAGAUGACCUGGAACAUGCCCAAAUUCUUCAGACAGUGCAGCCAGGAAAACAACUAAAGAGGUGUGGCCCUCCCGGCCUAGAUAAUAGCAGGCUAAGUAGGGGUACUGCAUUCUCUAACAUGUUUUGCUGUGUUUGUUUGUCUUAAUCCUCACCUCUUAUUGGUGUUAUAUAACAAAGCCCUGCCUAUAGGGAGCAAAGGGAGGAAGAGAUGGUUGUCUGGAGUUGGGAUCCACUCCUGUUCUCUCAUGAUGCGACUAAUGAUGAUUUUGAGAAAAGUCGCAUGAAAGGAAUGCGCUCUGCUCUGUUUCUUGUGCAGGCUGCACAUACUUCAUCAGUAUCUCAUUCACAAUUUGACAAGCACUUGAUAAUAUUCUCACCCAUCAGACUAUUCUCAAUUUAAUCCUGUCUUUACAAAUAGCCUGCUAAUAUUUACAUUUUUGUCAUUUAGCAGACGCUCUUAUCCAGAGCGACUUACAGUUAGUGAGUGCAUACAUUUUUCAUACUGGCCCCCCGUGGGAAUCGAACCAACAACCCUGGCGUUGAAAGCGCCAUGCUCUACCAACUGAGCUACAGGAGGGUGGAGUUAUUUUUUAUUUAGAAUGGCCUACAAAAAAAAACGUAAUCCGUAGCCUGCACUUGAAUAGCGAAUGGAGGAAGCGCUUCCCGCGGUUAUGUUUAUAAUAUGCCAGGUAGUCUACACUGGUUGUAAAGCAGAUCAAUGUGCUUAAUUGUAAGAAUUUAGCAAUAAAUAUAGCAUCACCAGAAAGAUGGGAUGCUCUUUUAAAUAGUGGCCACUGGCCAGUCAAAACUCUGUUUUCACAUGCGAUUGCGCAGUGACUGGGUUUAUAAGGAACUCGCGUUUCACUAGGCUCUCUCUGUAGGCUAUGGGCUCUCCAACCGUGUUCCAGAGGUCCUAGGCCUACAGGCUAUGCUUAGUUAUUUGGCCACUUUAGUUGUGAUACAAACCUUAUCAAAACAUAUAGGCCUAUGGGCUAGGCUACAUGAUGUAUGUGAAUAUGAUUUGAAAAAGUGCUGUUUCUUGCCUUAGAAUAUUAUCUCACCCAUCACACUAUUCUCAAUGUAAUCUUGUCUUUACAUAUACUAAAUAAUAUAUGUGUGAAAUUAGUUUUCAUUUAGAAUGGACCAUUAUCAUGCAUCUGUCAGAACAGGGGCAGGGGAAAAAGACAUUACAUUUACAUUUGACAUUUUAGUCAUUUAGCAGACGCUCUUAUCCAGAGCGACUUACAGUUAGUGAAUACAUAUUUUUUUUUAUACUGGCCCCCCGUGGGAAUCGAACCCACAACCCUGGCGUUGCAAACGCCAUGCUCUAUCAACUGAGCUACAUCCCUGCCGGCCAUUCCCUCCCCUACCCUGGACGACGCUGGGCCAAUUGUGCGCCGCCCAUGAGUCUCCCGGUCGUGGCCCGGCUGCAACAAAGCCUGGAUUCGAACCAGGAUCUCUAGUGGCACAGUUAGCACUGCGAUGCAGUGCCUUAGACCACUACGCCACUCAUGUCAUCCGUAUGCACUUGAAUAGCGAAUAAAGGACUUCCCGCGGUUCAUUUUCAUGCCAACCAGGUAGGCUUCUCCUGUUGUAAAUGUGCUUAAUAUUAGGGAAGUUGAGAAAUAAAUAAAGUAAGCCUAUAAAAAGCUGAUGGGAUCCUCCUCAUUUUAAUAGAGGCCAUUUAAAACUCUGUUUUCUCACGCAAUUGCAUAGCAUAUAGAAAUGUUGUGGAACAUGGGCUUAUAGGAACACUUAUUUCAUUCCAUGCAUCAAGCUAUGAGGAGCUGGCUCUCGCUGAGUAACAGGUGAUCCUAUUCCGCUCAAACUCUGAAUGCCAGGCCUCUCAUGAAGUGUUUGAUUUGGUAUUCGAGUGCAUUUGCAUUGAUGUCAGAGUGAUUAGAGGGACAGUAGAGCGCUGAGUACCAGGCCAUUAGCAAGUUUGGUAGGUUACUAAUGACCAUCAGCGGCAUCAGAGCACAGUUUUGGAGAAGGCUAGUUAACGUGACAAGUGGAAUUUGGUUGUGGUCAUGACUCGUGACUGUCGGACAGCUCUAGUCGGAACCUCACGCUACCUAAGCCUCUCUGGUCUCUUAGCCAAUGGCAUGGUGCCAUCUUCCUGUCCCAUGCCCCCAAUAGCAGUGGCUGACUCCUGACUGGAAUAAAACCCAUGGUAAUAAUAAUAAUAUGCCAUUUAGCAGAUGCUUUUAUCCAAAGCGACUUACAGUCAUGUGUGCAUACAUUUUUACGUAUGGGUGGUCCCGGGGAUCGAACCCACUACCCUGGCGUUACAAGCGCCAUGCUCUACCAAUUGAGCUACAGAGGACCACAUAUGCUUGGCAGGGCAGGACAGACUGUGUAAAUAUUUAGCCUCUGGAUCUGCUAUGUGUCUUAUCAGUGUGUAUGGCUGACCCAGUCUCAGACAAGCCAAGCAUUCAUAAUCUGUACAUACAGUGUGUUUGAAAUUCUCCCCCUAAGGUCAGAUCUAGUGUAGAGAAGGAACCCUACAAACUGUUAAUGGUCCCAAUGGUGAGAAUUGAUUAUGACAUGUAACGUCAAGUUCACAUGGGUGAUAAUGGCAUUCCCACUGAACACAGUACAAAGUAGGCCCAUUUGUUGAGUUUGUCUUUGGUAACCACACAAGAAUAAGGGACUAUUACCACAGAUCUGUCCGCCACAGGGUCUUUGGGGCUUGGACGUUGAACAUCACCAAACCAAGGGAAUAUCUCACAACCCUUUUUGAUCCUGGGGUACGUGACAUCAUAGAUUAGACUAUUUUCAGGCUAUGGAUAACUAUAUUUGGACUAUUUGAGGAUACGCAGAGCAGGUCCUGUUCAGAACAAAUCCAAGGACUCUAAUGUUUGUCUGUUUCUAUUUUCAGUCCCCUUGUUCUAACCCCGACCCCUUCAGUAUAUGGAGCAAUGUGGCCAAAGUUACAUUUUCUACUUUCUAGUCAUCACAAUAUUGCUUAGACAAGUCCAGAAUUCUGGCCCAUAUAGAAUGGAAUAAUCAUGUUUGAUCAAUGUUUGGUGAAUGUGAUUUGCUUAAUCUUUCCUCAGGUACAAUGCGAUCACGGCGGAGUGGUCUCAAGACACAGUGCACAUCAAGAUGUCUGGCCAGGUAUGCCACAACUCCUAAAUCAUCAGUAAUCUAUGUUAUUAUUCAUCAGAACAUUGUUGGACUCGUGGAUAUGUAUGUGGAAUGUAGUAACACAGUUUACAUGAAUGUGAACGUUUUCAAAAGCUUGGUGAGUUGAUUGAGUUUCUCAGGAAUUAUUGAUUUGUCUUUAUGGUUUCUCACAGCCUUUUGGACGCGGGGCCAUGAGGGAAUGCUUCAGAACGUAAGUCUCACACACUGUAUCUUUAAUAAUGUUCUCCAUACGUCCUGGUUUCUUAUUUCGGAGGCUUUUGGCCCUUUGUUCCUGCUAGUUCAGCUAGUUUCAGAGCCGUGUGAGCUUUCCUCUUAAUGCAGUGUAAACAAAAUGACCAGACUGUACAAGCUGCUCAGGUCCCCAAUCCACAUUCCACAAAUCUCUCUCUCAGACCCAGAUCCAUUUAGUCCAGCUUAGAGCCAUAGAUAGAUCCCUAGACAGAAACAAACAUUCCAUGACUACAACAUUCUAAUUCACAUUCUCAAUUCUCAAACUUUUCAUGCCAACAUGGCACCCAGUAGAGUUCUCUAUCUCAAACUGAUUUUGCUGAACUCUGUAUGUAGUACAUUACUCUGGUCUAGCCUGAUGUUCGCAGCUGUAGGCAACUGGGAUAUUAUUCAUAUUGUGUCCUUAUUAUGAUGCGAUCUCUUUCUGUAUUCAUCCUGUCUACAGUGGGGAGAACAAGUAUUUGAUACACUGCCGAUUUUGCAGGUUUUCCUACUUACAAAGCAUGUAGAGGUCUGUAAUUUUUAUCAUAGAUACACUUCAACUGUGAGAGACGGAAUCUAAAACAAAAAUCCAGAAAAUCACAUUGUAUGAUUUUUAAGUAAUUCAUUUGCAUUUUAUUGCAUGACAUAAGUAUUUGAUCACCUACCAACCAGUAAGAAUUCCGGCUCUCACAGUCCUGUUAGUUUUUCUUUAAGAAGCCCUCCUGUUCUCCACUCAUUACCUGUAUUAACUGCACCUGUUUGAACUCGUUACCUGUAUAAAAGACACCUGCCCACACACUCAAUCAAACAGACUCCAACCUCUCCACAAUGGCCAAGACCAGAGCGCUGUGUAAGGACAUCAGGGUUAAAAUUGUAGACUUGCACAAGGCUGGGAUGGGCUACAGGACAAUAGGCAAGCAGCUUGGUGAGAAGGCAACAACUGUUGGCGCAAUUAUUAGAAAAUGGAAGAAGUUCAAGAUGACGGUCAAUCACCCUCGGUCUGGGGCUCCAUGCGGGCAUCAAUGAUCAUGAGGAAGAUGAGGGAUCAGCCCAGAACUACACGGCAGGACCUGGUCAAUGACCUGAAGAGAGCUGGGACCACAGUCUCAAAGAAAACCAUUAGUAACACACUACGCCGUCAUGGAUUAAAAUCCUGCAGCGCACGCAAGGUCCCCCUGCUCAAGCCAGCGCAUGUCCAGGCCCGUCUGAAGUUUGCCAAUGACCAUCUGGAUGAUCCAGAGGAGGAAUGGGAGAAGGUCAUGUGGUCUGAUGAGACAAAAAUAGAGCUUUUUGGUCUAAACUCCACUCGCCGUGUUUGGAGGAAGAAGAAGGAUGAGUACAACCCCAAGAACACCAUCCCAACCGUGAAGCAUGGAGGUGGAAAAAUCAUUCUUUAGGGAUGCUUUUCUGCAAAGGGGACAGGACGACUGCACCGUAUUGAGGGGAGGAUGGAAGGGGCCAUGUAUCGCGAGAUCUUGGCCAAAAACCUCCUUCCCUCAGUAAGAGCAUUGAAGAUGGGUCGUGGCUGGGUCUUCCAGCAUGACAAUGACCCGAAACACACAGCCAGGGCAACUAAGGAGUGGCUCCAUAAGAAGCAUCUCAAGGUCCUGGAGUGGCCUAGCCAGUCUCCAGACCUGAACCCAAUAGAACAUCUUUGGAGGGAGCUGAAAGUCCGUAUUGCCCAGCGACAGCCCCGAAACCUGAAGGAUCUGGAGAAGGUCUGUAUGGAGGAGUGGGCCAAAAUCCCUGCUGCAGUGUGUGCAAACCUGGUCAAGACCUACAGGAAACGAAUGAUCUCUGUAAUUGCAAACAAAGGUUUCUGUACCAAAUAUUAAGUUCUGCUUUUCUGAUGUAUCAAAUACUUAUGUCAUGCAAUAAAAUGCAAAUGAAUUACUUAAAAAUCAUACAAUGUGAUUUUCUGGAUUCCGUCUCUCACAGUUGAAGUGUACCUGUGAUAAAAAUUACAGACCUCUACAUGCUUUGUAAGUAGGAAAACCUGCAAAAUCGGCAGUGUAUCAAAUACUUGUUCUCCCCACUGUAUAUCAGACCACUGGCAGUCCAUGCCUCCCACAGAGAGAAAAUAAACCCUCACCCACUAACAAGCCCACACACCAGUUCUCACCAUAGAAAACAUGUUAAUGGUUUAUCAGCAAAAAUACACAAUGCCCAAGAGAUACGCAACUCAAACCCUUAGGAGUUUUUCACCUUAGUUUAUGUCAUUCUGAUACUCAACUAACAUUCUUCCGGAUCUACUCAUUUAAAUGUUCAUGUCAUUUUAGUACAGUGCCAUUCUUCUAAUCUUCGAUAUAUUUUUUCCAUAUUUCCUUUCCAUCUUUCUGCAGGAAGAAGCUGUCUAACUUCUCCCACAGUAGUAACUGGAAGAGUGCGUGUAACUAUGUGACAAAGCGCUACAUGGAGCCUGUGGACAGGGAUGUGUACUUUGAGGAUGUCCGGCUGCAGAUGGAGGCCAAACUCUGGGGAGAAGAGUACAACCGCCACAGGCCACCCAAGCAGGUAUGGAUGGAACAUUUAAUUAUCCAAUGAGUCAUCCAGUUGAUUGGUCGAUUGAUUGAUUAGAUGAAUGACGUGAUUGUAGAUUUUCCACAAUUUUCUAACAAUGAAACGAACCAUUCUCUCUCUCUCUCUCUCUCUCUCCCUCCCUCCCUCCCAGGUGGACAUCAUGCAGAUGUGUGUGAUUGAAAUGAUGCAGCGUCCAGGUAAACCUCUGUACCACCUGGAACACUACAUCGAGGGGAAGUACACCAAAUACAACUCCAACUCCGGCUUCGUCAAGGACGACAACAUCAGGCUCACUCCACAGGUACAGCUUCGUCAAGGACAACAACAUCACGCUCACUCCACAGGUACAGCGUCGUCAAGGACGACAACAGCAGGCUCACUCCACAGGUACAGCUUCGUCAAGGACGACAACAUCACGCUCACUCCACAGGUACAGCUUCGUCAAGGAUGACAACAGCAGGCUCACUCCACAGGUGCAGCUUCGUCAAGGAUGACAACAGCAGGCUCACUCCACAGGUACAGCUCCGUCAAGGACGACAACAGCAGGCUCACUCCACAGGUACAGCUUCGUCAAGGACGACAACAGCAGGCUCAUCCACAGGUGCAGCUUCGUCAAGGAUGACAACAGCAGGCUCACUCCACAGGUACAGCUCCGUCAAGGUUAACAACAGCAGGCUCACUCCACAGGUACAGCUUCGUCAAGGACGACAACAGCAGCCUCACUCCACAGGUACAGCUUCGUCAAGGACGACAACAUCACGCUCACUCCACAGGUACAGCUUCGUCAAGGAUGACAACAGCAGGCUCACUCCACAGGUACAGCUUCGUCAAGGACGACAACAUCACGCUCACUCCGCAGGUACAGCUUCGUCAAGGAUGACAACAUCACGCUCACUCCACAGGUACAGCUUCGUCAAGGAUGACAACAGCAGGCUCACUCCACAGGUACAGCUUCGUCAAGGACGACAACAGCAGGCUCACUCCACAGGUGCAGCUUCGUCAAGGAUGACAACAGCAGGCUCACUCCACAGGUGCAGCUUCGUCAAGGAUGACAACAGCAGGCUCACUCCACAGGUACAGCUUCGUCAAGGACGACAACAUCACGCUCACUCCACAGGUACAGCUUCGUCAAGGACGACAACAUCACGCUCACUCCACAGGUACAGCUUCGUCAAGGACGACAACAUCACGCUCACUCCACAGGUACAGCUUCGUCAAGGACGACAACAUCACGCUCACUCCACAGGUACAGCUUCGUCAAGGAUGACAACAUCACGCUCACUCCACAGGUACAGCUUCGUCAAGGACGACAACAUCACGCUCACUCCACAGGUACAGCUUCGUCUAGGACGACAACAUCAGGUUCACUCCACAGGUACAGUGUGUGUUACUGCUGUAAAUGUGUUGGCCAACUUUAUGGAUUACUCCUGAGCUGCAGAACCCAAUGAUGCAUCUUCAUCUUUGUUAUGAAUUGAUGCUAGAUUUUUCAAUUGAAUUAUUUUUUAUUUGUUCUGUGUGUGAACUUGCAACCUUUUCUUAAUGCCUGUAAACCACCAUCUUUUCGUUGUCUGCUGGUAACUCUGCCUGCAGGCAUUCAGUCACUUCUCAUUUGAGCGUUCAGCCCACCAGCUGAUCGUGGUGGACAUCCAGGGGGUGGGGGACCUCUAUACGGACCCCCAGAUCCACACAGAGAAGGGCAAAGACUUUGGAAACGGAAACCUGGGUACGGCUUUCUCUCACACAGUCACACUGUUAGCAACACAAUGAGGUAGACUGACAUUUUCAGUUGUGACCCACCUAGCGAAAGACUUUCAAAUAGAUUGCAACGUACUUGUGUGUGUGUGUGUGUGUGUUACAGGUGUGCGGGGCAUGGCGCUGUUCUUCCACUCCCACCUGUGUAAUAAGAUCUGUAAGAGUAUGGGCCUCACACCCUUUGACCUCUCCACUGCAGAGAAACGCCAGCUGGACUGCACCAACAGACUGCUGGUGAGACCAUAUAAAUAUAUUGAACUAGAAUCAAAGGGCUUGAGGCUGAUGACACAUAUGGGUGAGGCCGAUGACACAUAGCAUCACAUAUCACCCUAGUUGUAGACACAGCCAUCGUAUUACCACAGAAAUUAUAUCAGCACAUACGACCUGGGAAAUGAUUUCACUACAGGCCCAAGAUGUAUGCAGCUAUUUAGAAUUGUCAUUUAGUCCUCAUCUUUAACAAUAUUUUCAACCCUCCCCUCCAAUCAGAGGUCGGCCCAGACGGUACUGAGGGGUAGUGAGGAACAGUGUGGUUCAGCUCGUGUUCGUACCAUCUCAGUGGGCCGUGCGCCCCCACUUCUCUCCCGUCUGUCAGAGACCUCGACCGGGAACGACACUAUAAGUGACUCCAACCCCUGCUCGCCUCUCGUCUUCCCCGGCUCCCCGCUAGGAGAGCACUUCUCUAUGGGCUCCAUGGGCAAGUCUCCUCUUGGUAGGAACAGGGCAUAGAGGGAAUAGUUCACCCAAAUUACAAAUGUAUCUAAUUUUAUGUUAAUCUAGAAGGUUAUCUGUGGGCCUGUAAAGCCAGUGACCCAACAUCUGGGUUUGUUUUCUAAGCUGCAGCCCAGCAUUAGCAUGACGUUCCAAAUAGCAUGCCUGAAGCCCCAUUAAAAACGGACUAAACAGUGUUAUGUUAUUUGAUACCUUAGACUAGAGGUUGAAUGAACAAGGGCUCUGUUUGAGCUAUGGUUUAACUACUUAAACUCUUUCCUUUUUAAAAAUUUAUUAUCAGCCAUUAAAAUGUUUAUUCUAAUCGAACAUCUGGUUUCCCACCCUCAGGUUGGUCUUUCGUAAAUGAGAUGGAUGAACGGGAGACACACAACCACAACAACAACCGCUGCCACAGCCCAGAACUCAUGGUCAGUGAAGGCUUUGUGGCUUUGUCACAAGAAUGACAUUAGUAAUGGUUGAUAUAUACUGAGGGCUGUGCUUGUUUUCUGUAGGACUCAGAGAAUGGAGGAGACAGUGGGUGUCCAAGUGAGAGGAGGAGCGAAGGGGACCCCAAUGACCAUGCAGACGGGGUACAUUACUCUUCUCUACACCAACACUCAGUCUUGGUCAGCCUGUCAGUCAUAAAUACUUUAUGGAAACCGUCAACUACUUCCUCUUUAGUCUUGUAUUGUUUAUAGCUGACACCAAAGUUAUUGUUCACUCCCCAUUUACAUUUUAGUCAUUUAGCAGACGCUCAUAUCCAGAGCAACUUACAGUACCGAGUGCAUACAUUUACAUACUGGUACCCUGUGGGAAUCGAACCCACGACCCUGGUGUUGGAAGUGCCAUGCUUUACCAACUGAGCCACCUGACAUGGAUUCUCUGUUGACGCCCCAACAGCAAAAGCCCUCUGUAUAGCUAUUACCCUCUGUAUAGCUAUGUGAGUGUGAACCUUGCCCCCUCUUUAGCUCAGUUUAUGGCCUCUUAGACAGUAGGUUUUAUACUGUAUGAUGUCACCAUGUAGGCCCGCCCCCACCGCUACAGCAGACACUACUCUGAGUCGGACAAAGACAGCGUCAGACGGGUAAACAAAAUAAAGGCCAAAAUAAAUUACCAUCAUCAUAAUCAUCAAAGCCACCUUCGCUAUAAUCAAAUAACCCCGUGCUCAUCCCUCUGUCGCCCCCUACCCCUUGCUCACAAGUGUAGUGUUCCUGAUAUCUAAUCUAUGCCUCCAUCCAUUAGAUAACUGAAAGCUAACGGAGUUCUUGCUGCUGUGUUUGUCUCCUUGCUAGAGGAAGAUUCCCAGCAGUUCCUCCCUUAACCCAAACAUAAAUUAUCUUGCCGGGAACACCCCCAACAGCCAACAGGUGAUUCCCCGGCCUCUGCAUGAAGGGGUCUAACCCAGGCCUCUUCCUAUGCAGGGUGGAGCACUGACGUUGCACCGUGUCAGCUGUUGAUUUGACUCAUGCUUGUUUUCUAAAGAUGCAUGCUUAGUAGGGGCAAAGGUUUGAGUGCACCCAAGAAAGGGAACACAAACUCAGCAGCCGCCCUGUGUUUUGGUCUUAUUCCAUGUGUGUCCUUGUUUGGCCUCUCCAUGUCAACAUUUUCACCUGCCCCCUCCCUGAUCAAAUCACCUAACCAAUCAAUAAGUCUGUAACUGCCUGUUCUGUCUCUCACUGCAUACCUGGAGUAUGAUUAGCAUUAGUGCUAAGUCAGAUAUGUACAAGUUGAGGCUUGAGUUGUUACUAUGAACAAGGAUUGCUACAUAUACAGUGCUUCAUUGCCCUUUCCUAUGCUCUCUGUCUGCCCAGCUGACCGAUGAGAAAUGGAGCGUCUACCACUCGUCUCGUUCUCAUGUCCACCGGCCGUCCUGUGUUGCUGUGGAGAUGGAGAGACUCGACUCACUGAUCCUGGAGAGGAAGAUCGGAAAGUCCAUCCUGGGGAAAGUGAGUGGCUGGAACACUCGCGCAAGCACAUAUAAACACACACACACACACACUAAAAACACACAAUAUAUCUCCUCUUGCCUCUCCCCCAGGUCCACCUGGCGAUGGUGAGUUACCACGAGGCUGGUCGGUUCUGUGAGAAGGAGGAGCAGCGGGACCAGGACUCAGCCAUGUACCACCUGGAGACAGCAGCCAUGUGUGGGGAACUAGAGGCUAUCGUUGCCCUGGGACAGUGUUACCUACAGCUGCCACACCAUAUACUGUCAGAGAUGGAGCUAGAGGUAUUUCUCUAUCUACUGUAUCUCUCUCUAUCUCUCUCCCCCUCUCUCUUUCUCUCUAAUACACAAUGUGUCUUUUGACUCCUUCUCUAUGUUGUAAUUCCAUGCUGUAUGUUGUUGUCUUGUCAUCAGGACAACUCAGGGAGCCGUAUGAAGGGCUUUAAGUUCCUGCUGCAGGCUGCUGAGGCAGGAGACAGAUCCUGUAUGAUCCUGGUGGCCAGGGCCUUCGACACCGGCAUCAACCUCUCACCAGACAGGUCAGAGACUGGAGGGACAUAUCAGAUAUCAACUAAUGAUGGGACCAUCUAUUAUGAGAAGCUAUCAACCCAGAACGAUACAGAUUACACAAAUAAAACUAAUAGAGACCCCCCAAGACACCGAGUAUAUGAGGACUGUGAAAAUAAUGUUUAAUGAAAAGUCCUUCUUCAUAAAAAACCUAUAAAAACCUUCUCUGUGGUUCUCAGGUCCCAGGACUGGAAGGAGGCGGUGAGCUGGUACGACUGUGCCCUGAACAUGACGGACUAUGACGAGGGGGGCGAGUUUGACGGCAUGCAGGACGAGCCUCCCUACCUGCUGCUGGCCAGAGAGGCUGAGAUGUACGAGGAGGGCGGCCACGGCCUGGACCCAGACCCACAGAGAGCAGGUAAGACAGCAGACAGAACCACACCUGAACCUAGAACUAGAACCCUAGAACUAGAAUCCUAGAACUAGAACCCUAGAACUAGAACCCUAAAAUCCUAACUUGAGCCCUCAGUGUGAUAACCUCUGUUGUACUUACAGUAACUAACCACAGACUCUCUCUCUCUCUGACCCAGGUGAUCUGUUCACAGAGGCAGCAGAUGCAGCCAUGGAAGCAAUGAAGGGCCGACUGGCCAACCAGUACUAUAUGAAAGCAGAGGAGGCCUGGAGUAUGACGGAGGAAGAGGAGUAGGAGAAAGAGGGGACGUCACUCUCUGCAAGGCCAAAGGAAUCGGCUAAUGUUGUGAUGGAUCCUUCUCCCUAAUGGUUUAAAGUUUACAGACACUUAAAGUGAUUUCCUAAAUGCAUUGUGAGUGUAUGAUCUGUGUGUGACCAUUUAUGCAGCCUAGUUGUGUUUCUUGGUGAUUACAGAAGGAAUUCUGUCUUUAUUUGACUCUCUCUCUGUUUGGAGCUGGUCCUUGUCUUUUCAUCCAUUGUCCACUUUUCUAGUCCUGUCCCCAUUGCCCUUUGGCCAUACAGUGCAUUCGGAAAGUAUUCAGACCCCUUGACUUUUUCCACAUUUUGUUACGUUACAGCCUUAUUCUAAAAUGGAUUAAAUUGUUUUUUU